AUGUCUACUUUGGUGGAGCGGUUCCAGAAACUCCUCGAAAUCAACCAGAGUGCCAUCGAGUACCAUGUCGCCGCCACCGCCCUCCUCCACACGUACCUCCCGGCCAAGAUCGACACCCCCGCGGUCCACCCGGCCACGGACUCUUUGCAACUUGUCCGCAAAAGCGAGUUGCUAGGCAAAUACCGCCCCCAGCUCGACCAGUUGGACUCGCCCGAAGAGACGACCCAGGUGUUCAAGACGAUCUACGAGUUUGUCUACGCCGACUUGGUCGCCAUCCGCUUGCUGGUGGCCCACUUGUUGUCGCGGGAAGACCCCGACAUCCUCGCGUUAAUCAUUAAAUACCUCUACCCGCCCCGGUUUGUCGAGGCCCUCAAGUUCUUGAUCGACGUCCCGCAAUGGGCCUACACCGAGUUUGACGACAAGCACCUCGACGUGCUCAAUGAGGUGGCCUAUGACAUCCCGCACAUUGACGUCAAGGACACGUUGGAUGAAAUCAUGGAUGCUGCGAAAAAGAUUUACCCAAAAUGGGCUCUGACCCAGUCCCGGCUAUUCUUCCUUCUGCUACGGAAAGAAUUGACUUAUGAUCCUAUGGUCAACGUGCAAACUGAGCUCACGUACGAAAACACCAUUCUCCAAUCGAUAUUGCAAAACCUGGGACGAGAUUCUCCGCCCACGUACGAAGGCGACGAAGCCUACAUGUACGAGGUGAUGGAGCUAAUGACGUUUCAGCUCGAUAUAAUACCCAUAACCACCAGGCUCAUGCGGACGAGUAAUGAGCUCAUCAAAGCGAAAUCCGAAUACGGAACGGCAUGGCAUGGCUGGCCACCGAUAAAACACCAGGAUUACCCUCAGAUAUGGCAAUUCAGCAAUGACGAGGCCAAACAGGCGAUCCAACAAACCAUUGAUGACGGCACUCAGGGCUUAAUCAGUCGCGACGUGUAUGCUCGAAUCGUUGAUAUUUUAGAGAAGUUUGGCAAGAUAAUACGCAGUUUCCAGCCCCAGAUACCCCGAGGAGACCUCGUCCGAGAGAUGCUCAACGACGAGCUUUAUUUUCUCGACACUCUCACAAUGUUCCAAGAAGCGUCUGCCGAGCUAUUGUAUUCGGCUUCCUUGCAGAGUGACCCCCUCAAAUUUGUCAGCGAGGACCGAGACCGGUUCGAAGUGCUUGACGCUCACCUCAAGGACUUGUUUUUCGAUCUACAACAUUUCGAACAACGGUUUGAGCUGGAUAAGCAGUUGAUACAAGAGAUGAAGAAGGCCUCCUCAUUGGGAUAA